UUGGUUCUGGUUUUUAUUGAAGAAAUUCGAGGAACAAGUACCAUAGAAAAAUGAAGAGUAUGUGAAAAAAGUCAUCCGUCUUUUACGUAAUCCUUCAUCUCUCCUGACUUUUUUCUCAGGAUGCUGCAAACAUUCACCUGCUGCCCAAUGGUCCAAUCUGGCCAAACAAAAUUGUUCCUUAUCAAAUCCAUCCGGAUUUCACUGAUUUGGAGAAACGCGUCAUAAAGGCAGCCAUGGACCUGAUAGAAGCAGGAACAUGCAUUAAAUUCCGGCCAAGGAGAAGUGAGCCCGGUCAUGUUAAAAUAUUCAAACGGCUUCCAGGGGAAUCUGGUGUUUGCGGGUCGGAACUGGGUUAUGCCAAGAAUAAGGUGCACACCUUGGUCCUGGGGUCCUCGCGCUGUUUUGUGCCUGGCAGACUGUUGCACGAGUUCAUGCAUGUCUUGGGUUUCCCACAUGAGCAAAAUCGAGGAGAUCGUGACAAGUAUAUCACUGUCAACUGGAAAAACAUGGAAAGAGGCAUGGAACUGAAUUACAGAAAGCUGAAUGGCAGGUACACAAAUGCUGGGCCAUACGAUUACUACAGCAUCCUUCACUACAGCCUAUAUUCAAGUGCCAAAGACCCUCUGGUGAGGACUCUGAUCCCCAGGCAAGAAGUGGAUGAAAGCAUGGUGGGCCAGCGGAGGGGUUUCAGCAAGAUAGACUUGGAGAAACUCAACACCUUCUAUGGCUGCAAGCAGCAGCAGGAGCCCAUCACAGAACCCAGAGAAGGUGUUGACAAUGACAGCGAUGCUGAUGAGGGUGAAGGUUCAAGUGAUGAUGAAGUCAUCAGUGUUAAUGACAUUAACAAAGCUGUCAUGAGUCCUGAGCAAAUGGAAAUGCCAACAGGCUAUUGGGAGACAUUCAAUCCACAAAAUUUGUGGUGAUUCACAUAGAAAGGAUCCAAUGAAGAUGAAUGUUCUCAUUGUG